AUGAUAUUUUGGCCAUUCAAGGUUAUUCAUGGUGCUGAUGAUAAGCCUAUAAUUGUAGUAGCCUGCAAAGGGGAGGAGAAAGAGUUUUCGGCUGAGGAGAUCUCCUCAAUGGUGCUCACUAAGAUGAAGGAUAUUGCCGAGGCAUAUCUUGGAUCUACUGUCACGGAUUCUGUGGUAACUGUCCCUGCAUACUUCAAUGACUCUCAGCGUCAGGCCACUAAGGAUGCUGGAACCAUUGCCGGACUGAAUGGUAUGAGGAUCAUCAAUGAGCCAACGCCUGCAGCCAUUGCAUACGGACUGGAUAAAGGGGGUGAUGUGGCGAAGAAUGUGCUGAUUUUCGACCUUGGUGGUGGCUACUGA